UUUCUAUUUAUCCAUAACCUGCAUUAGCUCCUCCUACCAUGUCCCAUCAAUGAAUGACACCUUGUGGGGUCUUCCCAGCAGUCCCAGGGAAGUUUUCAGGUAAGGACACAACAAUCCGGUACUCUGGUGGCUGCUGCCUCUUCCUGAAUACAUUGUUGAAUUUCUCCAAGGACAGCGAGAGGCUACUGAUCUUUCGUACUGGUCUGAACAACUGCAGGGUGUGAUCGCCAGAGCAAGCGAAAACACUAAAAGAGGGAAGAUCUCAUUCUUUGUAACCAGAAUGGUUUGCUGAAACAGUUGGGAAAAGGUGCGAUACCUGAACUGUGAGGUUCUCACUUGCCCUGGAAAACACACUGCACCAGCACACUGAAGAACCCUCCUCUGUUGGAACUUGUCAAGGCAACGCUGCCUGCAGGUCUAUUCUGUUGCUUCUCUGCAGUAUGUGGCACACAAUCAGUGAAUGGCUUUGGUGGGAAAGUUUGUGGCUGCCGGAAAACGUGUCCUGGUCUGACCUGGAGGACAAAGACGGUCGUGUCUACGCCAAAGUCUCUCAGCUUUACGCUGUUGUGCCCUGCGCCCUGUGCCUGCUUUUCAUCAGAUACAUUUUUGAGAGGUGUCUGGCCACACCGCUUGCUAAUGUUUUUGGAGUCAGGGAUAAGGUGCGACUCACUGCAGAGCCCAACCUCAUCCUCGAAAACUUCUUCUGCUACCACACACGAGUUCCAUCGCAGACAGAGGUGCGUUCUCUGUGUAAGAAGACUAGCUGGACAGAAAGGAGAGUUGAGGUCUGGUUCAGGAGGAGGAGGAACCAGGAUCGCCCAGGGCUUCGCAAGAGAUUCUGUGAGGCCAGUUGGAGAUGUGCGUUCUAUUCUUUUGCAUUUGUGGGUGGAGUCCUAGCACUCUAUGAUAAACCUUGGCUUUAUAAUCUCAGAGAGAUCUGGGCAGAUUUCCCUAAACAGUCCAUGCUGCCAUCUCAGUAUUGGUAUUACCUCUUGGAAAUGGGCUUCUACCUUUCUCUGGUCUUCAGACUGACAUUUGAUGUCAAACGGAAGGAUUUCAAAGAGCAGGUGAUUCACCAUGUAGCUACUGUCACACUUCUGACUUUCUCCUGGAUUUCAAACUACAUCCGCAUUGGAACUCUUGUGAUGGCGAUUCACGAUUCUGCUGACGUACUGCUGGAGGCUGGAAAGGUUUUAAACUACGCCAAGUGGGACCAGGCUGCUAACACCAUUUUUGUGGUGUUUACGGUUGUCUUUAUGGUGACCAGACUCAUCAUUUUCCCUUUCUGGCUCAUCCACUGUACAUGGGUGUACCCAGUGGAGCAGUUCAAGCCCUUCUUUGGCUACUACUUCUUCAACUCCAUGCUGUUGGUUUUACAGAUGCUCCAUAUUUACUGGGCUGUUCUCAUAUUGAGAAUGGUUUACAAGUUCAUCUUCAGCAAGCUGGAAGGAGAUGACCGGAGCGACAAGGAGGAGGAUGACAGUGACUCAGUAAAGGAGAGAAACCACAGACCAAAUCACAUAAAUGGUUCUGGAACCCGAGACCUGGUCAACGGAUACUAACCUGUAAAGACAGUCAAAUCUAGAAAAAGACAAAUAAGCAUCAAAUCAACUUAAGUUGAUAAUAUUAUUUUAAAUAUAUAUAUAUACCUGGCUGUGAUGUUUUUAGAUUUUGUCAAGCUGUUGAAGGAAGUGAUGAAAAUUGCUUGGGUGUGAUCAUGUGCUUGUAUGGUUGUUGGGGUGUAUUUGCAUGUGUGGGCAUAGUCGUAAUGUAACCAAAGCACAGGGAAAUUUAUGUUUUUAUAACCAUGUAAGAUUGUGUACUGGUCAAUAUUCAACCCAGCUUUAUUGGCUAUGA